AAGUGCCUACCUAACGUGUGCCUUAAAAUUUCUUAAAUGUAGCUCCGGAUGGCUUCGCUGGCGAGCGUUUUCCAUUUCGCGUUAAGGUCCCUAACAUCCUGACGCCAAGCAUCCAAAAUCUAUAUAUGGGUUUUAGUCUGCUAUGGAUUUCCUGUGGCGUUACCACCAUUGAUAAUGUCAAUGUAUUGUUUAUGAAUCACAUUUGCAUGCAUUUGAAAAUUCUUAACUUGGCUUUUGAUGAUUUUGGCCUGGAAUCAUCGUCAAUUGGCGAUCCACACACUUGGAUAGUUUCCAUUGUCAAAUAUCACUGCGAAUUGAUUGUGUAAGAACUAUAUAUCUAUAUAAAAAGGAUUACUCAAUUUAGUGAGAAGAAGGAAGCAUCUCUGUAACAUAAUCCUAAUUAGCAAGGCGAGAUAAAUGUCUAAGCAUGAUCAAUGUUUCUAUACAAACAAGUCUCUUAAUUUUUCAGCUAUUGACAGGAAUAUGUCCAAAUCGGUCAAGGAUAAUAUACUAUGUACAAGUUGUUUAAUAAAUAGAGCCGACUAUUUGGGCAGACCAAACAUAGCUUUUUUGACAUUUCUACUAAUGAUUAUCUUUCAGGCUACGUCAGCAAAUGGAAAAGAUAUACCGAUUGCCCAUUAUGUUUCAAUUCGUGUCCUCACUGAUCACUGUAGCCAUGACAGUCUUUCAGACAAUUGUCGGUGAUGCAUCUAAUAGUUCCCUGCUGAUGUACUUUCUGUUAAGCGGUGUGAUAUGUCAACUAUUUCUAUACUGUUGGUUUGGCAAUGAGGUCUACGAGCAGAGCAAAACUCUAUCAACAUCUGCCUUUGGCUGCGAUUGGUUUAAAUUGGAUAUGAAGCUAAAGAGAAGUCUGCUCAUCUUUAUGAUCAAUGCCGAUCGACCAUUUCUGUUUACAGCUGGCGGUUUUAUGGGCCUUACUUUGACCAGUUUUGCCAAUAUCUUGGGUAAAUCCUACUCCAUUGUGGCUGUUCUUAGACAAAUGUAUAGUAGAAUUAUGAAAUUAUAAACUUGUGAAAUA